AAACGCAGAAGAUCGACAUUAAAAACUUCUUAAAUUAAAUGAUUAAAUCUUUACAUUUCAACUAUGUUCAAGAGAAAUAUAGAAAAAUUGCGCAAAAAGCCAACAAUAUCAAAUCAGUUAAAACAAAUAUUUUUAACUGUAGAGGAAUUAGACAAUGAUAUCACUACAGUACUCACUACAACAAAUCCCUACUUCGAUGAGAGCUGUGUGGAAUAUAAUUAUAAGGAAAGAGCCUACAAACCACUGGAUAACAAAUGCAGCACAGUACUGUUCUAUAGUCAAAUAGGAACAAUAAUUCCUAAGCCUCCCGAAGUUGAAAAAGAAGAAUCAGAUGCGGACGUUGUAAAAGUAGAAGAACUGGACACAAAGAGAAAGAACAAAUUUAAUUUUUGUGAUAGAGCAACACAAACAAUGACUUUUUUAAGCAAGAUUUGUUCAGACACAAAUGACUGCAGUACAGGUUUAUCAAACAAGAUCCCUGGAAAUCCUGCAACAUCUGCAGAGAGGCACUAUCCCAACCAUCCAACAACCGGUAAACACGGGUCCAAGAUUUCCAGCCCUCAGCAAGUACAGAGUGUUUUAUCCGGACCAAAUUUCAACUUCUAUGACAACCCCAGUGACGAGUUUAAAGACAAAGGCAUGGGAUCUUUAUUGGCUUUAUGGAAGUUCAGUUAUCCCAUGAUGCGAGGCAUGUCUGUGACAAGUUUGAGCUGGAACAACUAUUAUCCAGAUAUGUUCGCAGCAGCAUUUGGAACAUAUGAUAUGAGCAUGAGACAUCAAGCAGGGUGCAUUUGCAUCUACAGUUUAAAGUGUCCAUCUUUCCCAGAAAAAAUUAUUUCUUGCAAAUCGGGGGUGAUAUGCGUAGAGUUCAACGUUGGAUGCCCGUAUCUCUUGGUAGCUGGAUUUGCUGAUGGAGCAGUAGCUGUAUAUGAUAUCAGGAGGAGCAAUUCAACACCUAUUGCUAUUAACAGAAACACUAAAUUGGAGCAUAUCGAUAUUGUGAUUCAGGUACGCUGGCUGCCGGAUAACAUGGACGGUCAACGAAACUUCUGUUCCAUAUCGGCGGAUAGCAAAGUAAUAAAUUGGCUAUUGGCAAAGUCUGAAUUAAUUCCAUCAGAAGUUAUUAAUCUGAGAAAUAGUGAUCCCUCAACUGAAGUUGCUGAUUCUUCUGAUAUAGUAGCUGGAAGUUGUGGCACUUCAAUAUCUUUCCAUCCUGCAUAUAACGACAUGUAUUUAAUUGGAACUGAAAGUGGACUCCUUCACAAAUGUGCUAACUUGUCAACAGCUCAAUAUUUAGAAACCUACAGGGAUCACGGGAACGUCGUAUACAGUGUUCACUGGAAUCCGUACCAUCCCCGCGUCUUUUUAUCCUGCAGCGCUGAUUGGACAAUUAAAAUAUGGGAUCAUUCUAUGAAUAUGAAAUCUCUUUUGGGUCGAAAUGGACCCGAACACUGCAGCAGGGUUAAGGUUGUUGAGGAACUUAAAAAUGAAGUGAAGAAAGAUGCAAUUCCAAACCCAAAAAUAUUUUUCCGUGAAAUGAUCGACUGCUUAGCAAAAAAUCAUAAUAAAAGUAAAUCUCAUAUUGAUGUCUUACUUGAUAAAUCGAUAAUAGAAACACAUAUUAAAGAAGAGCAAGAAAAACAGUAUCACAUGAAAGUCAUUCGAACUUUAACUGAUGUUGCCAAAACAUUGGGAAGUCAAGGUUCAGCGUUCCGAGAUUUAAAGUUUGAAAAUGUUCAGCUUAAUGGGAACAUUAGUAAGCGCAACUUUAAGCUGCCGAAGAUAGAACUUAAAAAGUUUAACGGCGAAGCAAGAGAAUUUUUAAAUUUUUGGAGCCAGUUCAAGAAAAUCCAUGAGGACAAGGGCAUUGAUAAUGAAGAUAAAAUGCAGUAUUUAAUUCAAUCGAUGGAACCUGGUUCGAAGGCAGAAAGAUUAGUGCUGAGUUUUCCUGCUACCGGAGAAAAUUAUUGUAAAGCAAUACAGCAGUUAAAGGAAAGAUUUGGCCGUGAUGAUCUGCUGGUGCAAGUGUAUGUUCGAGAUUUAUUGAGAUUAGUUAUGAAAAAUGCUGCCGCAGGACGGGGGAAAGCUGAUCUUCCAUCCCUCUAUGACGAAUUGGAAGGAAAACUUCGUAUGUUGGAAACUCUUGGACGGACCAAAGAAAAGUAUGGAGAUUUCUUGACACCUUUGGUUGAGAGCUGUCUACCGGAAGAAGUUUUAGUAACGUGGGAAAGAAGCCGAAAUUUAGAUUUAACCGAAGAUAAGAACUGUCGCAGUUUAGAGCAGUUAAUGAACUUUCUUCGCCAAGAAGUCAAUGCAGAAGAAAUGGUUCGUCUUGCAAGAACUGGUUUCGGCACGAACUCAAAUUUGCGCAAACGAGAGCCCACAACUGAGAAGGAAAGCGACCUAGCGACAGCUGCAGCGUUACUAAGCACUGAGAGAAAGGAGAGAAUAUUCAGGGCCAUGAAGAAGAAAGAAGAGGAAAAACGGCCAAAGAGAGAGAAGCACAUCAAGAGGCAGGAAGAUCCUCCACCCAACCUUCAUCAUCGGUUGGGGGAGUUUCCUCAAACUCAAUGUCCUCGACUUCUUCGUCAGAGGGAAGAGGAGGAGAUUUUAGAAUCCAUCUUCACUUUUGACUUGCUGAAUGAAGUCAAGGAUGUGACUUGGGCUCCAUUCUCGUCAACAUUAUUUGCGGCAGUAACAAACGACAGCAAAGUUCAUAUCUUCGACGUACAGAUGAAUAGGCAACAGCCAACCUCAACUUAUUCAAUACAUCGUGCAAAGAAGAAUAUCAUUUUAACCAGUGUUCAGUUUAAUCCAAUAAAACCUGUAAUAAUCGUUGGAGAUGACAAAGGAUCAGUAAUCAGCUUUAAACUUUCACCAAAUUUAAGGUCUUCUUUAAAGGGUGGAUCCAACAUCAUGGAGAUAAUCAGAACCAAGACAGACGAAGAUUUUUUCCAAAAUUAUAACAAUAUUUAGAGUGUUCGUAUAUUAUACAUUGAUUUCAUGUUACACAUGUUUGGAAAUAAAAAUUUA